AUGACUUGCUCCUGGAAGAAGCUGGCUCGGCGUGUAGCCACCCUCAUCAAGUUCCGUCGUUCUAGUAGCGACCCUCCUGCAAACAAGACGUCUUUGCCAGCACCCACUGCUUCCCUCAACUCAACUCUGCAGGAUGCCAAAGCGGCGGCCGCGGACGAUACGAAGCUCGCCCUCGACGCAACUGUCGAGAAGGCUCCUGGGCCCCAUUUCUCUCUCCACGACCUAGAGAAUUUCGCGAAGCAAGAGCUAGAGGACAUCGCUCAGGUCGUCGACGAGCUGAAAAAUGCCAAAAACCACACGGUUCGGGAGAUGACGAAGUACGCGGAGCAUGUAGUGAACGGCGUAGGCCACGUCAUCCAAUAUGUUGAAGUUUUCGCAGGGCUGCACCCAGCGGCAGAAGCUGUGGUGGGGGCGGUGAAGAAGGUCGUUGGUCUUGAGAAACAGCGGCAUGAGAACGAUGCUCAUAUUGCCGUCAUACAUACAUAUAUGAUUAACACUGUCUUCCACCUCAAUGUUCUUGGGUCGAUCUCACACGACCAGCUCUCUCACGUGGAAUCUCACAUGCAAUCUGUCUGUCAUAAUUUCAAGACGACGAUUAAUGAGUUCGGGAUGUUCGUGGACGUGUAUCAUAAUCAAUGGCAGAAAAUCUAUAAAUUUCUUUUCGCAGAACACCACCGAGAGAAGCUCGAGCACUUUCGCGUCACUUUCAGCAACUACCGCGGCGACCUCGAUCGCCUCUCCGUCAUGGUCAACGGCAAGCAACUGAGCACUGUAUCAUCAAACGUGACAAGGACACUCUCACACCUAGACGAAGUUCUGAACAAGUCCGGUGACAUCUUCAAGCUCGUCGACAAGUUCGAUUCUCGUCUAGAGGGCAUCGAGGAGUGGAUCAUGGCCCAUGGCGGUGCGUCAGGCGUCAUUCAGAGUGAUCAAUAUCUCGAAGAACUUGGGAUCAAGCUCAACGAACGAAUCACCGACAACAUGAAGGUCGUCCUUCGCACCGAGUUCGACCAAAUCCUUCAAGGCCACGAGCAAGUAUCCCAUGUGAUUUGA